AGUACUGCUCCCCUGUCUCAACGCAGGCUAACGUUAUACACGCAAAAUAUCUGAACACUACCUUCACAUUAGUCGACGCUAUCACAUUUUCUUCCUUCGCCUUUCUUCCCCGUUUUUUUCUCUCUCAUAUUUACUAUUCGCCUUUCUUCCCUCUUGUGUUUUUAUUUAUUUUGUGUUUCACGACUACAGAAAAGGUUUUGAACAAGGCAAUAGGGCCCGUGUACGAUUUCGGCAAGGGAACCGCUCGACCGUAAGUUUCGCUGAACAACAGCCUUCGGAAAACGGUGAUCUGAAACAAGUGCUUUCGGACCGACACUUUAUCGGACCGUACUCCUUCUCUGGUGUGUACGAGUACAUUUUCGCCUUUCCCUCGAAGGGCACACGCGUUGUAGGCGAUUCGAAAGUACGCAGCGGACUCACCGAGGCUCCAGUCUCUCUUUUUUUUCCCCUUUUCAAAGUCAGCGUUUUUUUCUUUUCCUUUCUUCUAGCUGGACCCUCCUCGCGUUGGACUCAUCAUUGCUCAACCUUGCAUCCGUCAGGCACCUCCCAAGGCAUUUUCUGUCCAUCAAAAAAAUCAAGCCUGCUUGGGAGAGUUUGUUGGCGAACUACACUACUUUACUAUUCUCUUUUUCGAUACAUUUGCUAGCGACCAUGUCCGGCGGUGACGAAACCAUUCCGCUGUAUGUGCAGUGCAACCCACUGCUGGACGUAAUAGUGGACGUGGACGAGGACUUCUUGAAGGAGUACGAACUCGAGAAGGACUGCGCCUACGUCUACACCCCGCGCUACCGCCCGCUCUUCGAGACAAUCUUGAAGCACAGCUCGCUUCACGCCUGUCCUGGCGGUUCAGGGCUGCACACGGCCCGUGUGGCGCAGUGGAUGUGGCAACACGUGCUGUCCAAAACAACCGGACACGUCAUGUAUGUGGGCUGCAUCGGCAAAGACAAGUACGGGGAGACGAUACGCGCGUCGGCCGUGGAGGACGGUGUGACGAUGGAGCUCGAGGUGAGCAACACCCUGCCCAGCGGUCUCUGCGCCGUCUGCAAAGUCGGUGACGCGCGCACGCUGAUCGCGAACGUCUCGUCAGCCAGCGCUCUCAGCGACGACUUCAUCGCCUCCGCGACGGUGGAACAAGGUCAAUGCUCCGCGAGCAUCAUCUACACCACCGCUUACGCAAACGUGUGCCGGGUUCAGCAGACUCUGCGGUUGAUGGCGAGCGCGCGUGCGCGCCGUCUGCCCAACGGUGCGAAGCAGCUCACCGCGAUGGGGCUGUCGAACCGGAAAGUGCUCGAGGAGUUCGGCGAAGACCUGGUGGAUGUCUUGGAGAAGCUGGACAUCAUCAUCGGAAACGAAGAGGAGAUGUCGGACUUGGCGAUGAUGCUGCAGUGGGUGCCGACAGAUAUGACCGACCUGGAGUUGGUCAAGAAGAUUGCGACGGAGAUGAUGUACGACAGACACAGCGUCCGUCUCGUAGUCAUGACACGCGGUCUGAAGCCGAUUGUCUACGCCACUGGUGAAGGGCUUGUGAAGGAAGUAGCGGUGCUGCCCAAGACGCCCACCAAGGACAAGCUGAAGACGACGGGCGCGGGGGAUGCGUUUGCCGGUGGCUUCCUUGCCGCCUUCGUGGCGGACCCCAACCACCUGGAGUACUGCUGCCAGAUGGGGGCCCGCGCCGCCACGUACGUGAUCAACCACAACAUCCAACAACUCCCGACCGAUGCGGAGGCCAUCAAGGAGGUGCGGGGCAGCGUGUAG